GUAUUCAACAUGGCAGCUAACUAAAAACUGGCCCUGCCCACGAAAAGUUUUUCGAGGAUUAAAAUCGAUAAAGACGAGUCAUUGAAUUGAAUUUGCAUCGUUCAGCUUGAGUAUUGCUCAAAAUCAAAGCAUUUUUGGGCAGUGAUUGCUCAUUGGUGUCCGCUAAGGGUCGCACAACAUAAUGUCUAGCAGUCUAAAAAUGGGCAAAGCCAUUGAAGACUGUUAUGUCAUUGCAAAGUAUGAUUAUGUUGCCCAAGGAUCACAGGAGUUGAGUUUAAGGAAGAAUGACAAACUUCUAUUGCUGGAUGACUCAAAACAUUGGUGGAAAGUUCAAAAUUCUCAACACCAAUGGGGAUAUGUCCCUAGCAAUUAUGUGAAGAAGGAGAAACCAUCUAUAUUUGACUCAAUCAAGAAGAGAGUGAAAAAAGGGAAUAGCAUUAACAAAUCCUCCAACAGUCCCGGUGGCUCUCCUGUGAGAGAAGUUGAUUCUCCAGUAGUAAUCAAGCGCCCUUCUCCUGAUACAUCACAUUAUCCAGCUCAUGAUCUCAAUGCAGGGCCUCACCAAGGCUGGGCGCUUGUUCGUUACAAUUAUGUUGCUCAGCAAACUGAUGAAUUGUCUCUUGUGAAAGGAACAAAGGUGCUCGUGCUUGAAAAAAGCAGUGAUGGUUGGUGGAAAGGUCAAUACCAAAACCAAAUUGGAUGGUUUCCAUCAAAUUAUACCCUCCCAGAUUCAUUACAACAGCAGCAGCAGCCUGUAGCAAACAUGACAGCAAGCGUCGCACCGCCGGCUGCAUCAGCUAUGGUUAUGUCUGCGGGAGAACACAUGUACUCAGCAGCCGAGAAUGUUUUGGAUGUCGUAGUUGCUCUUUACAGCUUUGCUGCACAAAAUAACGAAGAACUAAGCUUCGUUAAAGGCGAGAGACUUGAAAUUCUUGAUCGUCCACCUGCAGAUCCGGAUUGGUAUCGAGCCCGGAACACCAAUGGUUCAAUUGGUUUGAUUCCAAAGAACUACGUUCAGGAGAUUAGCGACUUUUUGACCGAACCUUUCCGUCAACGAGCACCUGGUGGUAAUGGUGCUCCAGGUGGGCCUCCUGUCAGCAAUUUGCCCCCAAUGCCGAACAACGGAAGUAACGCAGUAGACGGCAUGGGGCGAAGUUUGGAUGCCUUGAGUUUGAAUACACCUCCCGCCGUAUCUGCUAGCCUGAGCCAGGAUCCUAAUUUCCCUCACCUGAAAGAAAAAUCCUGGUUUUACGGAGCCAUCACCCGAGCUGAAUGCGAUAAUCUACUUAAUCAGUAUGGUCAAGAUGGAGACUUUCUUGUGCGAUCAUCUGAAACCAACGUUGGAGAUUACUCCGUGUCUCUGAAAGCACCCGGUCGCAAUAAGCAUUUCCGAGUCCACGUCGAAGGAGCUUUGUAUGUCAUCGGUCAGCGGAGGUUCCAUUCUAUCGACCAGUUGGUAGACCACUACCAAAGAUCCCCCAUUUUCACGUCAGAAAAAGGAGAACGUCUCUUCCUUAUCCGACCACUACCCAAGCCUGUCGGAUAUAUCCCACCUUCUUUUGCACCACCCACUCCGGCGACAAGACCGAUGCAACCGAUGGCCUAAUGGCGGUCUUAACACAAGUAGCUCUAACCAAAUGUGUGGGUUUAUUACGAACCCACUGUUCUCUCUUUGAAGGAUAAAAAAAAAAAAAAAACACAGAAGAGACAACUCUCUCAUCUCUUUCGAUAGCUCCCCCACCCCAAUAACUUUUUUCUCGCCGUUGACAACGAUCCAUUUAAUUCAUUUAUGCAAUUAUUCGGCAUUCAUCAGAUACGACCCAAGGGCACUUGGAGAGUGCGUUUUCAAGCUCACUUGAUGAAUUUAAUCUCGUAGCUAGCCCGAUAUAUUGGACAGACUUACUCCCAGUUAGUUUCCUUAAAUUUUGAUUGAUAACACUGAAGGGGCACAGCAGCAACAACAACAACAAAAAGUAACGGUUUCCAAAAUAUGAGAAGAGAUGGCGAGUGAAAAAGGAAACACAAAAUAUAUAACUUCAGGAGGGCACCGGUGGUAUCACGGGUCCAUUCGUUUAUUCAAAUUUUUGGUUUUUGAUUAUUAUCAAUUUUUCUUCAAAUAAUCAUUCUAUCGCCAUCUUUUUGAGGGUUUCAGUUAAAUUGAGGGGAUGUGUGGGUUUAAGAAGGGAUUCGCUUGCUUUCAUUCCCAGAUUGGUCGCUCACUCGUCAUCACCAUAGACCUCAGUGGAACUGUGCGUUAUUAUUAUUAUUAAUUUUUUUUUAACUCGUGUUGGUAUCGAGGAAUCUAGUCUCUCGCAUCCCUUGAACACCCGACCACAUAACCAUGUAGAAGCUGAGUCCCACAGAAUGAGAGAGGGAGGAAGAAGUAAAGAACAUUGCGAAAUAAGAAACAUUUUUUAAUCCCUUUUUUCAAACAUAACUGUCUUCGUCUUUAUUCUUCUCUCUCCCCCCCAGAGUGUGUGUGUGCUCGUAUAACCCAUUUGUAGUAUGAUUUCAAAGCUCAUUUCUGUUCUCUAUUGUGCGCGCGUGUGUGUGUGUGUCUGUGCCUGUACAGCAUUUUUUUGUCGUUCACCCAUGUUUUAUUUUCGACGUUGGCAAUCGAAAUCUUGCCUCCUUUUUUGUUCUGUUGCUGAUUAUUCUCCUCCCACCUUCUCUCAGCUAAGUUUGCCCAUUUCCUACUUUCUUGAUUUUCCCGUUGUCACUAUGAUUCUUCUGUCUCGUGCUUCUCUAUCUUUCCUUUGACAUCUGUGUCAGCGAAAUUUGCUGCGUGCAGAAGUAAUUUGCUCUCUCCGCUUUUGAUUAUCUCGACCCUCUCUUCCAUCUCCCGCCUUCGAUUAUCAAACCUGCGCACUUUCCACCCCCCACACUUCGCGACUCAUUUCCGUCUUAUCGGACACGUCUAACAUUUAUGGAUGCUUGCAGUUGGAAAAUGCCACAGCCCCGCUUGUUCCAGGAAUUCCGCUUUUCUUAAGAAAAGGAAAAAUGAAAUUUGAAAGAAAAAGGAAAAAAAAAAAUUACACAGCCAGCGGAUUCCUGAUUUCAACGGGUCGAACGUAUCAAGUUAAAAAAAAAAGUGACCGUCUCUUAUCUUCCUUAGUUCUUUUCUUCUCGCAUCAUUUCUUUCUAUAUUUCUAUUCUCAUAUUUGUCGUGCUAGAAUAUAUCGUUUGAGAUGCUGUCA